UUGAGCGGUUACCCCCAGCCGUGGCGCCCCGGGGAGGCCGUGGGGACCAUAGGCGGGCGAGCGCAGAGGCGAGGAGCGGACCCAAGGAGGCGUUGUAACGAGGCCGUGGAGGAGAGGAUCCGGGGGGCCCGGGUUGAGCGGGUUGGGCGCCGAUUCGAUUCGGGACCGGGUGCAUGGCACGAGUGAAGAGCGGGUGGCUGAUGUGGGCCCCCCGGGAGGGCGGGCCUUUGUUGCAAGGCGACCCAGAUAUCCGGCGUCCACCCAGGGGCAGGGAGUAGCGAGUGGGUCGAGAAAGGACAACAAGCGCCACGGGUACUCAGGUUUCGGACUCCAGUCUCGCGGAUAGGGCGUUGAAGUGCCUUAGUUGCUGGCUAAGAUGCUUCUGGCAAAGGUACCGGCGGUGCAAAAAGAGGACCGGUUUGAGGAAUGCCAGGAAUGACUGCGUCUCUCGGGCCCUGAGCAGAAAGGAACGUCCUGGUAUAGGGCCUGGUAACAUGCUCCCCCUGGCUGUCGCCUGUGGAAUGGAUCGGGAGGAGGUCGCGUUGAACAAGCUUGGCUCCUCCGGUCCAGGCCAGCCUGUAAAAGCUAUGCUAGGUGGUCAGGGGGUCACUUGUGGGACAUGAAGGAAAGGGAGGGGGUGUGGCCCCUGCAAGGGAAAGGCGAGUUGGGAAUAGGAGAGGGUUUACUGGAACCCGACUCUGAUCUGAGUCUGGAGAGGAGCCAGUUCUCACGACACACGGUGUUGGAGAGAAUAGUAUGUAAGUGCAUGAUGCUGACUGCGAGAUGAUCCGGAGUGGGGUGCACUUAAGUCUAGCAGCAGAACUCCUAAUCCUACCUCAUCAUGCCACCCUUCUGUUGCCUGCCUGUGGAUGGUAUUAGGGAUAAAAGGCUUACAGUUUCGCAGGCAGCAAGGGGAGUCUCAGCUGUGCUAUUUCUGAGUGCUGCUGCUUUCCCCAGUCCCCACCCAAUCAUACACUCCAUGCACAGGUCAUAAACAGCGCAUCCGGCCCUGCACCUCAUAGAGAGAGGCACCCGGCUGUGCAGAGACCUCCCUGCUUCCUGGGCUAGGUCUGCCUUAAAUCAGGCAUUCUGUGAGGUGCCAGCCAAAUGUCCCAUCUAAACUCAACCUUUUAUGGGGGUGGAGAAAUAGUACAGCAGAUAGGGCUCUUGCCUCACACAUGGCCAGCCUGGGUUCAAAUUCCAGCAUCCCAUAUGGUCCCCUGAGCACUGCCAGGAGUGAACCCUAAGUAGAGCUGAGUGCAGAGGCAGGAGUAAGUCCUGAAUACAGCUGAGUGUGCCUCCCCAUUCCCCUUCCUCCCCCACCAAAGAAAAUAAAAUCUAGAUUCAGUCCUUUAUGGCUCUGCACUAAUCAAUCAUAAUUUACAAGGCAGGUUGUGCCAUUCCAGUGAAUACCAUGUACACUGGUAAAUAUGCUUAAGUUCUCAGGCAAAUGAUCUGAACAGUGUGUGCUCUUGCAUUCUCUGAAAUUGGGAGAUGGCAAAGAGAGAAGGCUUGUCUGGGACUAUGGACCUGUGUUACUGGCACAUGAGGAGUGACGUGAAGUCUGACAGCCAGUUCUGGUUAGGAUCCCUGCUUUCACCCUGAAGUGAGACAAGGAGAAGACUUUUGGAAGGAUAGUGAAUGGGUCACAGAUGGCCUGAUGAUGGCGGUAGCCGAGACUGUGCACCACAUCCACCUCCAGAACUUCUCCCGCUCGCUGCUUGAGACCCUCAACGGGCAGCGGCUGGGUGGCCACUUCUGCGAUGUGACUGUUCGUAUCCGCGAGGCCUCUCUGCGUGCGCAUCGCUGCGUGCUGGCCGCCGGCUCGCCCUUCUUCCAGGACAAGUUGCUACUGGGCCACUCGGAGAUCCGUGUGCCACCCGUGGUGCCUGCGCAGACCGUCCGCCAACUCGUAGAGUUCCUUUAUAGCGGCUCGCUGGUGGUGGCGCAGGGAGAAGCACUGCAGGUUCUCACGGCCGCGUCUGUGCUACGCAUCCAGACGGUUAUUGAUGAAUGCACACAGAUCAUUGCCCGCGCCCGCGCCCCUGGUGCCCCCACGCCUGCACCCCUGCCCUCCCCCGUACCCCCACGGCUUGCACCUGCGCAGCUGCGCCAUCGCCUGCGCCACUUGCUGGCCGCCCGCCCUGCCGGCUACCCCGGGGCCGCACAUAGCCGCAAGCAGCGCCAGCCUGCACGCCUCCAGCUGCCUGCGCCCCCUCUGCCGGCCAAGGAGGAAGGCGCUGAGGCCCCCCACAUCCUCCCUGCAGCCCCGGAGGAUCGAGGGGAUGAUGAAGAUGAGGAGUCCGAAGACGAUUCCUAUGGUGAGGAUGGUGAAGGCAGCGGGCUGGGUGAGGGCCAGGCGGCCCCGCCCUUCCCGGAUUGCACCACUGGCUUCCCUGCCGCUGCCGCUGCUGCUACCACCGCCACUGCUACCACCACCACCACCACUGACAGCGCCCAUGAGGAGGAGCCGUUGGUGUCCUCGGGUCUCUCAGAUUACGGUGGCGCUGCCCGAGGUUUCCACCGGGGAGCCCCUGUGGAGGAGGUGUUCUCCGAAGGCUAUGUGUCAGCCUGGCAGGAUGAAGACGGCGCCACUGCCACUACCGCUGCGGCUGCAGAGAGCUGCCCUGCCGAGACCCCCACCCCACCCGACUGCAUCCUGGCAGGACCCCAGCCACCGAGUGUAAAGACCCCAGGGACUCCACUCACCCUCUUCCCCUUCCACCUGGGUGCCCCGGGCCCACCCGGACAACCACCUCCAGGGCCCGCCAGCGCUGCCCCUGCACCCCCACCAGCCUUCUACCCAGCACUUCAGCCCAACACAGCUCCCAGUGCACCUUUGGGGGAGGCACCGGCUCCUGCUGCUGCUGCCACUUCACCAGCUUGUACGCGCAAUCCCCGGGCUGAGCCACCUGCCUAUGAAUGCAGUCACUGUCAAAAGACGUUCAGCUCCAGGAAGAACUACACCAAACACAUGUUCAUCCAUUCUGGCGAGAAGCCCCACCAGUGUGCGGUGUGCUGGAGAUCUUUCUCGCUGCGUGACUACCUACUCAAGCAUAUGGUGACACACACUGGCGUGCGUGCCUUUCAAUGUGCCAUCUGCGCCAAGCGCUUCACCCAGAAGAGCUCGCUCAACGUGCACAUGCGCACGCAUAGGCCCGAACGCGCACCCUGCCCCGCCUGUGGCAAGGUCUUCUCACACCGCACGCUACUUGAGCGGCACCUGGCGGCACACCCUGCGCCGUGACCGGGCCAGGGACCCGUCCACGUCUUCCUCCUGCUUCCCCCCUUUCCUCCCAGACCUGAUAAGACUGGCUCCUGGUUUCCCCCUCUACAUACUCAGGCCCCUAGGAACAAAAUGGGGACUGGGACUGUUCCCUGUCCUGUGUAAGGCCACGGUCCCAGACUCUCACCCAAGACAGCCCUCCUUCAUCUGACUCCUAAGGGGGCUCAAGUUCACCCAUCUGGGACUGGGGCUGGGGGGCCUCCACUUUGUAAUAAAGGACUGUGGGUCCUAA